AUGAAAUAUCAUAAUUUAGCAUUUAUUCUUUGUUAGCUGAUAGCCUUCUCUAAUGAAUAUAUCACAUAUGAUACUGGAUUCACAUCAUCAUUAAAUAAUGAUGAUGGAUUUAUAGGGAAUCCUAAUACAAACUACAUAAAAGAGUUUACUUUUUCAGGCAUAUUUGAAAGACCUCCAUAAGUGUCAAUUAUCAUGUAUAAAUUUAACUACGAUUAUUAUUAACCUAAUGGUUAUGACAUUGAAAUUACAGAAAUAUCAAAAACAAGUAGGGAUUUAAUUAAUAUUUAGAGUUUAAAGUUUUAUUCAGAUGUCUUUAUUAGAAUAGAAGCUCCUUUUAAUUGGUAUGCUUAUGAUGACAGAAGAAUUUAAGUCAUUAAUGUUGUAAAUUACGAAAUCUAACAAUCUAGCGAAAGCUUUACUACUUAAAUCAUUCAUCCUCAUUUUAAUCCAAAUUUUUCAAAAGGAAUUGUUUAUGUAACAUCGUUUUGUUACAAAGGCCCUAUAGAUUUUUCAUUAAAUGUAUCAAUUAUUAUAAUUUUAGAUUGUUAGUAUAAAUUUAAAAGAUGUAGUUAUUGAAAUCAAGUCAAAUACUUAAAAUUUAGUAAAAUUAGGUUAUUAGAUUCUACUUUCAAUUGAUGAUGCUAUUGAUUUAGAUAAUCAAAUAGUAAAAAAUGAAGAUUUAUACACCAGCCCUACAUUUUCAUUUCCAAGUGAUAGGGAUUGGAAUAUUGGUUUAUAAGGAUUAAAGUGGGGUCAAACUAUCAAUAUUAGGAUUAAGAGAAUAAUAUACUCAAAUUACUAUACAUAUGGAAAAUGUAUAAAAAAAUAUAAUUUUUAGGGUCAAGUUUUGGUAAUGGUGUUUAGGUAUUGCGAUUUACUAAUAUCUAUUUUCACAGAACAAUCUCAAAGAUUUAUUUGCCAUGGAUAAUCAAAACUGUAAGAGCAAGUCAAAAAGAAAAUUUAAUAAAAUUGGCAGCUUCUUCACUAUAAUUAGAGUUAAAAGAGCUUAAUAAAGUAUAUGCUAUUCCAAUUACUGAAACAAUUUAUGUAAAUUAAAUAUCUUAACUAAAUAUUGUAAUUUAAUAUCAAUUUGACACAUAAAAGAAAAAAAUAAAGUCAUAAUUUUAUAUGUGUAAUUCAUGCAGUUUAAAAAAGCAAAACUACUAUUGUUUAAGAAGUGCAAAUUCUAUAUCAAUUUUUGCUCUAUUACAAUCUUAGAUGACUGCUGUGAGUGUAUUUAACAUUUAAUUUUCUAAUGAUGCUAUUACUAUUAGUUACUUUGUAAAAUUAGAUAGAGCAAUCGAUAUAAAUAUUAUCAAUAUAAGUUUAGAGUAAUUGAUUAUGCAUAUAAAAUAUAUUAUUCUCAUGAUUGUGCUUGAUUAAAUAUUUCAAAACCAUUCUCAAUUUUUCUUAUAUUACUAAUUAAUUAUCGACUGA